CCGCUGAAAGUACGAUUCAGCCCCAAUUCCCGGAGCAGAGCUCUCGCUGUGAGCGAAGUAUAUAAAUACAAGGCCCUCCGGCCGGCAUUUCAGACCUCUUGCAGAAGUCAACGAAUAUUAGUCAUGGCUGCGGAACCAAAAGGCUUGACAAAUGAGGAGGCAGUUGCAUGCUGCGCAGAACCACACGAGUCUACAAAGGACUUCAUUAUGCAGCAAACAAUGUUUCGAAUUAAGGACCCAAAGCAAUCAUUGGACUUUUACACUCGUGUUAUGGGAAUGCGCUUGCUAAAAAAAUUAGAUUUUCCCUCAAUGAAAUUCUCCCUUUACUUCGUUGGGUAUGAAUCUGCGGAUGAUAUACCUUCAGACGAAACAGAACGCACUUCAUGGUGCUUCUCAAGAAAGGCUACAGUAGAGCUUACACACAACUGGGGAACAGAAUCUGAUCCAAACUUCACAGGAUAUCACAAUGGAAAUUCUGAACCAAAGGGCUUUGGCCACAUUGGAGUUAUGGUUCCUGAUGUAGAUAAGGCCUGUGAAAGAUUCGAGUCCCUUGGGGUAAAGUUUGUGAAAAAGCCAAAUGAUGGAAAGAUGAAAGGACUUGCAUUUAUUCAAGAUCCAGAUGGGUACUGGAUUGAAAUUUUCAACUCUGGAACCAUUGCAACACUGGUUUAACUCAAAAAAAUGGGUUUAAGUUUUUGGCUUCCAUAUUGUAUUUGAAAACAAUUGUUUUAUGAAUGUAUUGUUUGUUAUCAACUAUUUCAAUGACAGUCCAUGAAGUCCUGGUUAAAAUUUGAGGCAUUUUCUUUUUUUCAUCCGAAAGAGAUUUUUAAAAUAAUGACAUUAAAUACAAGUUUACUAAGUUGUC